AACACGUCAACGCGGAUGAGUUUGUCGCCGUUGGUUAAUUAAUGUGGAAUUUUUAAUUCUUUAAAAUAAUAAUACAGUGAAAAAUUAUUAACCCACACAAUGGUUCACACAACGAUGGAAGGUUCUCUGUUCGAACCCACAUUGUACAUUGUCAAAGGGAUGUGCAUUUUGGACUAUGAAGGAAACAGAAUUUUGGCCAAAUAUUACGAUAAAGACGUCCUACCCACAACUAAGGAGCAGAAGGCAUUUGAGAAGAACUUGUUCAAUAAGACUCACAGAGCAAAUGCAGAAAUCAUAAUGCUGGAUGGUCUUACUUGUGUUUAUAAAAGUAACGUAGAUUUAUUCUUCUAUGUUAUGGGAAGCUCACAUGAAAAUGAGUUGAUCCUUCAAUCAGUAUUGAAUGCGCUCUACGAGUCUGUUAGUUUGCUGCUGAGAAGGAACAUGGAGCGGAGGGUUCUCAUGGAGAACUUGGAUGCUGUUAUGCUUGCCUUCGAUGAGAUCUGCGACGGCGGUGUGAUAUUGGAUGCUGAUCCCACGUCGAUCGUAAGCCGGGCAGCGCUGCGCACCGAGGACGUGCCCCUGGGAGAGCAAACAGUGGCCCAGGUAUUGCAAUCAGCAAGGGAGCAACUUAAAUGGUCCUUAUUGAAAUGAA